GAAAAACCAAAAUCGUUCAGGGUGGCGCGUUGCACGUAGUUUGUUGUUCGUUAUGAUGUUUGCUUCUUAAAGUUUGUUUACUUUUCUAUAGUACAUGUAAAUAGCCUAAGUCGUGUAUAUUACUAACACAAAUUCACUUGUUUUUUAAUCAAGUCAGCAGAAAUUGUUGACAUUGGACCAAAUAAACGUUUUGUUGGGUAAACUACCAACAUAAGUUUCUGCAAUAUCUGACCUAACUGUCUUAAUAAGAAUCAGUCUCUUUUUUAUUAGGUUUGGUACUGUGCUCUUGUGCAUUCAGAACCGUGUUUAUUGUUUGGUUUCAUGUCCGUAUCUCGCACCAAAAGUGUUCUUCAAGUUAGCAAUAGUAUCUAGAAUCGAUCAUGGUUUUCAAGGGAUGCUUUAUCUCCCAUCGUACUGGUUUAUACUUCCUAUCCAAAAGAAACAGUUAUUUUGGAGUAUCUCACCUAACUUACACUUUAAAGCAUUGACAACCAUAUUAGUCAUACUGUGUUUAUAUGCUUUGAUAUAUCUAAGCUGUAUUAAGUACAUUUGCAUUCAUCUGAGAUAAAGAUAGUCUGUAAGCCAAAUGUAGCAAUACAACAAGCUAUUGUGACAGUUUGUUGCUCGUGGCUUUCAGUAAUUAAGUACGAGUUACUGUAUUAGUUAUUAUGUAGAGAGUCAAUGAACUACUCCACUAUCUAGACUAAUUUCAAAAAAUAAAAUUGUGUACAUGAAAGAUUAAAGCCUUUACGCGAAUAACCCCCCUAUUUUCCUUGAAUUUGUACAACCCAUAACCUGACAUCAUUGUAAUCUGUAGAUGACAAUAUCAAAGAAUCCACAUUUUGUACAGCUUAGAAUUUUCACUACCAUCCUGUAAUAAAAAAACACUUAGAUCGUCUAAAAAGCGGACAAUUUUUUGUGAAGAUACAUCACUGGUUUGGUGGCUAGAAGAUUCGGUUUUAAUUGUUGAGUUUUAGGCCAAUUUCCAACCCACUUUUGGUAGUACUGUUAAAGCUUGCAAGCGGUGUAACUCAAGUGCGAUUUAAUAAACAUGUGCUCAGUUAAUGAUUUACAUUUAUUGACAAAAAGAAGACAGUUUUAAGGGGAAGCGAUUCAGUGAGUAAUUCUUCCAGGGCUUCUAUCAAUAAAAAUUUAUUUUAUUUAUUUAUUUAAACACAAAUAUUGGUGUAAAGAGGUACCGAAAUAUGUGCGCUACACAAAGUAAUCAGUCAGUUUGUGUUUGGGCUGAGACGCUGUCCGAAUGCCUAAACUUGAAACAGGUGGUUUCCUUAGACGGCCACAACCCGAGCCUUCGGCACAGGUCUUAUCCACAAGGCACUGGUACAACGUUAAGAGAUGCAGUCCCAUGGUAGCCGAUGACCAACAAUAGGCCCAUUCGCCAUUUGUUCCCUUAAGAUUCUAGAGCUCGUGUGCUCCGUAGGUUCAGAAAAUCAGGGUUUCCCAACUUCCCUAGGUUGAUUCUCUGUACUCACCAAUCCUGUUUACGCACCGGACAUUCGAUUUUCUUCUCAGCUUUCUAAACAAUAACCUCUGCGAAAAUGCAGUGAAUAGGGUUUCCUGACAGUAGUUAUAUACGCGUAACCAUACGAGAGCAUUUUGAGAGAGUAUGCGGGCUCUUUCCACCGUCUGACGUACCGUGACAUUCGGGGGCGUAUCGGUAUAAAGACACUGAUAUAUCGGAGUUUGUACUAAAUAGAGAGAGCAUCUAGAGUACAUUGUUGGUUUUAAUUAUAAAGAUGGCGUAAUUUGAACAUAUAUAAGACCACCUAGAUCUCUUCACCGUUUUCGAGCUCAGGUCACUGGUUUUUGUGCAGAGGUGCCGUCUUGAUAUUACUGUAGUGUGUGACGAGUUUCAAGGCAGAUUUCGUCUACUUUGGAUAGGUAUCACUCAAUAGAGAGUUGCCACAUUCACCUUUGAUAUGGUUAAUCAUACGAGAUAGUUUAGUCAAUUCUAGCAAUCUAGUUUUUUGUGGCAAGUAUUUCAAACUUAGUGCAACCCAGUUACCAGGUAUAAACGAUCGUCCACUCUAAUGCUCUUUACCCCUAAGUAUUCUACAGGAAUUUUAAAAUGACCAGGUAUAGGUUUAUUUAGUCAAUAUUAAGCCAUGUUUCGUGUUAACACUAGCUGCUCAAACCUAAGUACGUAGAAGAAAGAUUGGACCCACAACUCCGAGUGAAAGUCAAGAGGUUUAAACACUAACCCAUCCAUGGUUUACCAUGUUCCUGAGCUUUCGUUUUUAAAUUUCCAUUUACGUAUUAUUAGCUAAUCUCAUUUAUUAGUAUUUUCAGGUACCUGGAUUUAUUUCCACAGAUCUGACAAUAACUGAUGGCAACCGGGAGGCUUGUGAAGCGAAAAAACAAAUCAACGAGUUUCCAAACGUUAUUUGAUCAAAUUCUGUGCCGAUCAGAUAAGUUAUAUAAAGGAUCUGUAAAGUCAGACGAAAAUAUACUCCAACUACUAGAUGUUUUGGACAAUUGUCGUAAUAAGUGGAAAAGUACUUUCAUAAAACUGUAUUCCGUUCUGCGCGUUCAAAAGUCAGAAGUUAAGCGAUUGACAAAUUUACAGGCCCAUACCCAGGCUAUGUUCGAAGCUGAAGUUCAGAAACGACGUCGUAUAGAACGAUCAAGGAAAUCUCUUGAACACAAGAUUAAUAUGAUAAGACAAGUGCUGCUCGUUAAUGAUGUUGAUAGCGCCAGACGUCAUCUUGAUGCGAUUGACCUUUCCACGAAUGAAAUCAAUCAGUCUUGUAAUGAAUGGUCAGUAGGUUCUUCAAUCGGACACGUCAAUACACCUAUCGAUUCAGAGUCUGUUGUCAAAAAAGGCCGUAAUAGCGGUCGCAUAUCGAAGAAAUUGGGUAGAGCCAGUUCAGUCAGUCAUACUGGUGCUGCCAGACGUUCUGCUACAAAACAAGAAUUACGAUGUGCUUCUGUGCAAAAGUUUAUCGUACGUCGUUCAGGAGAAAGUUUAUCCUCAAAAUCUCCACAGAAUAGUGCACAGAGACUAGGAACCAUAAAUCGUUUAAAUCGUCCUCACAAUUUUGUUUCACGAACUGUAUUACGAAUGGAAGUGUGUAGUGCAUGUGGUCGCCGCAUUACUUUUGGUAAAGCUUCUUACAAAUGCUUAGUUUGUCGUCUUGUAGUACAUCCGGCGUGUCGACAAAUGCUUAUUCAAACUUGUGUACCACCGAGUGUACCACGUGCAAAUUUCACUUCCCAAACAAGUGGUCGCAAUCUACCAACACCCCAUCACAUUUCUGCGUACAUUCCUAUUUCACCAUUAACACAACCUCAAACUCAUGGUUACGGAGAUCCACUACUUUCUAGUCCGACAUUUGCCAAUAGAAUGAGAUCGCGCAAUAUAAGCUUGUCUUUAUUAUGUCCAUCUGAUCAGUUUCCACGAGUUCCUGCACUGGUAAUACAUUGUGUGAAUGAAGUUAUGGCUCGUGGUAUGAAAACUGUUGGACUCUAUCGAGUCUCUGGUUCUGAAAAGCAAGUUCGAGAUUUAUAUGAAAAAUUCCUACGCAGUCGAAGUACACCAAGCUUGGCAUUAAUAGAAGAUAUUCAUGUAGUCUGUGGGUGUUUAAAGUUGUUUUUGAGAAGUUUAGAAGAACCUUUGGUAACUUACCUUCAAAGACCGAAUUUUGUCGGAGCUAGUGAACAGUAUCUAACUAAUCCUACAAAAGCAUAUGAUUGUGUUUUAAAUGUCUUGAAAAAUUUACCGACACCUAAUCGACAUACUUUGUCAUUCAUUAUGCUUCACUUAAAGGCUGUGUCUAAAACAUCACUAUGUCAAAUGGGUGAAGAUAAUUUGGCAAAAGUUUUUGGUCCAACAUUAGUUGGUUAUUCUUGUCCAGAGCCUCAAGUUAUGCAAGCUAUCUCUGAAACGAAACCACAACAAGAUGUUCUACGAUUACUUUUCAAUCUUUCUGACGACAUCUAUUCAUCGUUUCUAUCGGAUUGGGAUAAUACUUCUGAAAAUAAUAGUGAAACACGUACAAAUUACUUCACAUCUUUAACUACAGAUAUGAGUUCAUCAGAAAUAACACCUAAUUCACAUAAUAAUAAUAAUAAUAAUCGACUUUGUGACAUGGGAGGAUCUACUCGUAAAGGAUUUUUACCCAAUCUUUUAUCAUCAUUUCGAGAUAUGUCUAGUUAAAAUAUAAUUAAUAAUAAUACACCCCUCUGUUGAUUUAUUUACUAUUGUACUUCUUUGUUACUUCCACACUACGAAAGAACCAUACAUUAUCCUUUUCUAAACAUUAUUACAUGUAUAAAAUAAAAAGA